UGGCAUCGGCCACAGCGUCCCUGCGGUUGGCGGAUGGGGCCCCGCUGUAGCCCCCUCAGCUCUCGACAGGCUCCUCGAGUGUAAGGCCCUGGGAGGAUGCCCCUCGGCGAGUAUGUCUUCGUGCGAGCCGUGGGGAAGGGGAGCUACGGGGAAGUGAGCCUGGUGCGGCACCAGCGUGACAACAAGCAGUAUGUCAUCAAAAGGCUGAACCUUAAACAUGCAUCGAGCCGUGAGCGAAAAGCAGCAGAACAAGAAGCCCAGCUGCUGUCUCAGCUGAAGCAUCCUAAUAUAGUCAUGUACAGAGAGUCCUGGGAAGGGAAAGAUGGCCUCCUAUACAUUGUCAUGGGCUUCUGUGAAGGAGGCGACCUGUAUCAUAAACUGAAAGAGCAGAAAGGGCAACUUUUGGAUGAGAGUCAGGUGGUGGAAUGGUUUGUUCAGAUUGCUAUGGCAUUGCAGUAUUUGCACGAAAAGCACAUUCUGCACAGAGAUCUCAAAACUCAAAAUGUUUUCCUGACACGUUCAAAUAUCAUCAAAGUGGGAGAUCUGGGAAUAGCUAGAGUGUUGGAAAAUCAGUAUGACAUGGCUAGUACUCUCAUUGGCACACCUUACUAUAUGAGCCCUGAAUUGUUCUCCAACAAGCCUUACAAUUAUAAGUCUGAUGUUUGGGCUUUGGGUUGUUGUGCCUAUGAAAUGGCCACUUUGAAACAUGCUUUCAAUGCUAAAGACAUGAAUUCCUUAGUUUAUCGAAUUAUUGAAGGAAAGUUGCCACCAAUGCCAAAAGACUACAGCAUUCAGCUGAAAGAGCUAAUAAAGACAAUGCUUAGUAAAAAGCCAGAAGAGAGACCCAGCGUGAGAAGCAUACUGAGGCAACCGUAUAUCAAGCACCAAAUUUCAUUGUUUUUGGAAGCUACAAGGGCGAAAACAUCCAAAAACCAUAAGAAAAUGUCUGAACUUAAACACCAGAGUUCUUCAGGUGAAUUGAAAAAUGGAAAUCGAAUACCUCAUAAGUUUCCUAAUGAGCAUUCCAGGAAAUCUAAAGGAAAUGAAGAGAAAUGUUUAAUCAAUAAUAAAACCUUUGAAGUUUCUUCCUCAGACAGACUGACAACUGAGCCUGAAAAAAGUGCAAACGAUAAUGUUUUGAACAGCACAGAUGUAUCUGUGGCAACAAUGAGCAAAGUGGACAUAGUUAUUGUUCCAUUAGUAAAGAGGAACUCUAAAAGUGAACUUUCAGCAGAGGAUAAAAAAUCCAGCAAUUCAAGUAUUCCCAGUGAAGUAGAGUCUGAGAAAGCAAUAAAUGGACCACAGUUUAAGGAAGAAAGGUUGCAGAAAAUCACCAAGCAGUGCCUGAAAACUGAAAAUGUAGAUAUUAAGAAGACAGUUGUUGAUCCCAUGCAUGAUGGCGAUGACACCAUGAAACUUCUGCAACCUGUUUCAGAGACCCCAAAGACAAGUGAUAAAAGUCUGGAUUCUACUGAGAAACUACUAGCACCAUUUGUUCCUGUAGAAAUUCUAGAUGAAGUUUGCUGUGAACACCCAGGAGAAGUGAAAGAUAAAAUUCAGAAUGAAAACACCCAGUGUUUUCAGCCCCAAGGAUCUGUUCAUGAGCCUUCCCUGUCACGACAGCGACGGCAGAAGAAAAGAGAGCAGUAUGAGAUUACAGUUCCUCGGCGUCUGCCUUCACCUCCUAACGUGGAUGCAAAGACCAGCGAAGACAACACAGAAAAGCAGAAUGCUGCAGUUGCAAGGAGUGUGAACAGAUCUACAAGCAUUGAAGUAGCAGUUUCUAAGGAUCGGCCAUUGUCAGCACGAGAGAGAAGGAGACUAAAGCAGUCCCAGGAAGACAUGCUUCCUUCUGGGCCUGCUGCAAGACGAGUAUCUCAUGGCGCAUCAACAGAAACAAAAUUUCCAGAGGAAGAUGGUCAUGUUCAAAUUGCUCAGUUUUCCUUAGAGCCUAAUUACAAACAGAAAAAGAGCUUAAUUGGUUGCUCUACAGAUGAUGAGUUAACCUCUUCCACCAGCUCCACAGAGAGAUCAGAUGGAGACUGUAAAGAAGGAAAAACAAAUGAGAUGAAUGACUUAGUGCAGUUGAUGACACGAACACUGAAAAUGGAUAACAAAGAAAAUUGUUCACAUUCUGCGAUACCAGCUCCUGAAUCACAGUUCAGGCUUAAUAGGAAAUACAAAGACACUCUGAUCUUGCAUGGCAAAGCAUCAGAAGAGCCAGAUGAAUUUCCAUUUCAGGAGUUUCCUUCAGAUGUUCUCUCUGGUCCUGAAAAGAUUAGAAGAUUGGUUGAGAUCUUGAGAGCAGAUGUGGUUCAAGGACUUGGAGUGAAGCUGCUAGAGAAGGUGUAUGAUGUCAUGGAGGAAGAUGAUGAACAGAAAAGAGAGCUAUAUUUGCGGGAGCUCAUGGGAGAAAAAUACGCAUCUUACAGCAUGAAGGCUCGCCAUUUAAAGUUCUUGGAAGAAAAUGUGAAGCUUUGAUGAAUACCUCAAUUGAAGCCCUCCUUCCUGAAGGAAAGAGCAAAACCUCAUUCAAUUCCUUGUAGCUCAAUGGAUUUUUAUUCGCCUAUACACAAUGAUUUGUGGGGUAUUUCUGCUCUACCAAUUUUUAUUGUUUGUACAGCUUCUUUAGUUUAUAAAUAGCAAUACAUGUUUAUUAAAGGUAAGUUUGGGUAAACGUUUUGUUUUUUUAAAAAAUACAAAUGAUAGGUAGCACAUCCUAAAUAUUUCAGUUUUUUUACAUCUUAAAUUAUUCCCUUUCAAAUUUCAAAAAUCUUCAAUGAUCAUCUUUAAUACUGCAAUCUUGCACACAGUCACAAAGAAGUAACCCCAGUAAUUUCACUGGGCAUUGUAUGCUGGUUACAGAGUGCAGGAUUACAGCCCAAAUAUAGAACUGCCUCCAAAAAUAGUAUAACCACAAUUCCCAUGAAAAAGUGCAAUUCACAAAUGCACCAGCUGCUGGUAUCUAUACUUCAAACAAAUAAUCUGAGAACCAAUUGUUUAUGUGAAGAUAUUAGGAAAAAAUCAUUACUAUUGUUGGCAUUAUUAAAAAAAUCCAGUUUAAAACCAAUACCUAACUCCAGUGCCUGCCACUUUCUAUGCAUUUUUAAUAUGCAUAUAUUAAAAAGUAAAGGAUAGACCCUUUGCUGGUUUUAGUGUUUAGUUACUUUGAAUGAAGGUUUUCUUCUCAAAUAACACCUUUCGGUGAAUGGGACUAGGAAAGACGACACAAAACAGAUUUAGCAUACAGAGUAGUUCGUAACAAUGUAAUUUUGCUGCUUUUUACACAUUAUCAAGGAUGCUACAUCUUGUAUUUAAUUAGACCCAUUUGGGUUGAUGUAGGAAUAAGUAAGUUGUUAAGCUUUGCAAAACUCAAGUACAAUGAACUCUUGCAGAACUCUUGAACUGGAAAGAUUCUAGGAAGCUCUUUCUACUAGAUGCAGAGUCAUGCUUGCAUUUUCCUAUGCCAUCUUAAACUGACUUUAUAGAAUGAUAGCUAUCCAUUGGGACCAACAUGGCAAAACUGCUCUAACUCUCUAGUACUUUGAAUGAGUUGGAUCCAGUGGCACUGGCAUGCCCUGAGCAGAGUUCUGCUCAGAAUGCUCCUGCUGGUGGGAAGAGGCAUUUUUUUUUGUUAUAUUCCCACUGUCUUCUGCAGCUCCCAGUGCCAUUUUCCUCAGUGUUCCAGAGGGUCCCUGAGAGCAGAUUUUCAGGGGGCAUAGGGGAUUACAGGAGGGGGGAAUGGACAAAAGUGGCAUCCUCCUGCAGAAAUACUCUUCUGGAUCAGAAGCUUCCCCACAGAUGGAAGGAACUCUUCUGCCUGCGGUAGACAAAUGCUGGGUCUAAUCCAGUGUACCGUAGUGUUUUGUAUACAGAGGGAACCCCUCUGGUUUGCAUCUGUUAACUAUCAAACUGAAGGAAGGAGUUAUGCAUAGAUGCGGUUACUCUUCUCGGAGCCAGUUGAGUCUGCAUUGCCUCCAUAGGGAAUGGCACAAAGCCAGGAAUUCGGUAAUAGGAGGAGUGGCUGCUCAUCUAAGCAUCAGCCAAGUCCCUUUUAGUGGGGAGAAAGAUAAAAUGGGCAGAGUGAAUAUGUCACAGAGUGUGACCACUACUGGAAGAAGCAUAGUGGCAGCAAGUAGGCUGUGUGCACAAGCAGGCAGCUUGUGAAUAGUAGGGUUUUCUGGAAUUCUGGCUUUGUGCAAAUGCAGAGUUUGUUAUAAAGUAGGCCAUUUUUUAUGAUCCAUUUUUACAUUCAUAAUUUGUCCAAUGGUUUAAGAAAUGUACGAAAAAUGUAAAAGCAACCACAGCGUCUGGCACCCUCAAGCGUUUAUUAUGGCAUAAGAUUUUGUGGAUCAUACAGUCCGUGGCUUCAUAUCAGAUGCAUAUGAAGCCACAGGUGACAGAAUUGAAUUGCCUGAAAUUAAAACUGAGAAAUGUUCUGCUAGAAGGUUUCUGGACUGUUUACAGUUGUCUAUUUCAAGCAUGUGUAUGCAUAUCUGGAACUCAGGAUAACACUUCAUUCAUCUGAUGGACUCUGGACCAUGAAUGCUUAUGCCAGAAUAAAUUCAUUAGUCUUUAAUGUGCCAGAAGACUGUUUGUUUUGCUGCCACCGACUAACACUGCUGCCCUUCUGGAAAAUUUUGAACAUGUUCAUAAUAUGGAAAACAAAAACACUUCAUUCAAACAGGUUCAGAAUCUGUCAACACAGGAUGUUACAGUGGCCUCUAACAGAUUGAUUUAAAGAUCCAGGCCGGUAUAUCAUAAAGUAACAGAAAAUUUGGUUUUAAUGUUCAAAGACACUUCUAACUGCUAGGUGCAGCUGCAAAAUGAUUAUCAUUAUAACCCUAAUUGAGAUAUUCCCGGGACUUCUGACUGGCUACUGCUAGAGAGAUGGAAUCUAGCUUAGACUAUUAUAACCAAACAGCAUCUUUAACAAAUGCAGCUACUCGAGUAUUUCUUUAAUGGUAAUGAAAAUAAGAAUGCUACCAGUGUUCCAGGUUGCUCUAAUCAAAAACUCAAUGUUUUUCAUA